AUUUUACUUCCUCUUCUAACUGCACAAGUCUACAGUUAUCAGCAGGAUUGCUGUGCAAUAAGAAAUCUUCCAUCCAGUCCCAAAUGAUUGCUCAGACACACUCAAGAUGCAGAGCAACAGAUCUUCAGAAAACUGUGCUGAUCCUAAUAUAACAUUUAAAAACUCUCUAUACGCAACCACUUACACCAUAAUAUUCAUACCUGGCCUCCUGGCAAACAGUGCUGCAUUGUGGGUUUUAUGUCGCUUCAUCAGUAAGAAAAACAAAGCUGUCAUUUUUAUGAUUAAUUUGGCUGUAGCUGAUCUUGCUCACAUUCUCUCGUUACCGCUACGAAUAUAUUAUUAUAUAAACCACAUGUGGCCUUUUGGGAGAUUUCUCUGCUUGUUAUGUUUCUACCUGAAAUAUCUCAACAUGUACGCAAGCAUUUGUUUCCUUACCUGCAUAAGUAUUCAAAGGUACUACUUCCUCCUCCAUCCAUUCAAAGCCAAAGACUGGAAGCGCAGGUAUGACGUCGCCAUUAGUGCUGUGGUAUGGAUUGUGGUUGGGGCUGCUUGCUUACCAUUUCCAGUUAUGAGAAACUCUGACUUAACCAACCAUUCAAAUUCCUGCUUUGCAGAUCUCGGAGUCAGGAAAAUUGACAGUAAAACAGCUUCUGUGAUUAUGGUAACGAUAGCUGAGCUUUUAGGAUUUGUGGGCCCUCUAAUUAUUAUUGUAUACUGUACCUGGAAAACAAAAGAGUCACUUCAGCAAUAUGAAAUGCCUUUGCAAAAUGCCAGUGAAAAACGGAGAGCUUUACGCAUGGUUUCUAUGUGUGCAGCUGUGUUCUUUGUAUGUUUCACACCGUAUCACAUAAACUUCUUCUUCUACAUGAUGGUGAAAGAGAAUGUUAUUACACACUGUGCCAUACGCCGAAGCACUCUUUACUCUCAGCCCUUUUGCUUAAGCCUGGCAAGCCUGGACUGUUGUUUGGAUCCAAUCCUGUACUUCUUUACAACAUCAGAAUUUCAGGAUCAGUUAUCAAGACACAGCAGCGCAAUCAUCAGGAGUCGCCUGAUGAGCAAGGAGAGCGCCUCGUCAGUUAAGGAAUAAAAACCAUGAGCAUUUUUUUUAACCUAGUUACAUAUGAAAUCUUGGACUGCUCUAUAACUCUAUAGUCAAAUCGGUAAAAUAGAAACACCUGCAGCUUUAUUUGAUGGGGUUUGUGAUGCUGAAAGUCUUUUGAAAUAUAGAAGACAAUACUCAUUUAAGAUCAGCAGUCAAAUGUUAUGGGUGUUUGAGACCGGAGAGCCCCUGACUGGAGUGAACUGGUGGAGUGCCACAUCUGGUCUACCUGAACUAGAAAAUACUGUAGGGCCCAGUGCUGCCUUUGCAGGGCGAUGGCCUGACUGACCUAGUAGCUCUUUCCUAACUUGUGUGGUUCUGUGAUCAAGCCAAAGACACUCCAAACACUGAGGUCCAAUGUGCCCUCCUCUCAGCAACUUCUCUUCUGCAACAGAAAUACAGCACAGCAUGAGAAAUAAUUAACAAACAAAACCAAGCUUGCAUUAGGUCAAAGCACACAGAGACACAGAGUGGAGCCUCCUCAGGGUUUGCAGCUUGAUUCAAUAUGGCAACCACAUUUCCAAAGGUACACAGUUGCCCUGUCUACACUAUGGUGUCUCUAGUGGAUCAAAAUCCUGUACUGCUAGAGCCUGCUGUUGGAAUUAAGCAUACUGUGUUAUUCACAACACAUUUGUAUCUCUAUUUCACAUUUUCUUUCCAUCUUUUCUUGUUCUCUCCUUCCAUUUCUUUAUAUCCUUCUCUUCUUCCAUCUCAAACAUCUUCUCUUUAGUCACACAUAGGUGUCUGUGUAUCCUUCCCCUCCCCCUUCCCCUCACGCCCUCCCUCAGCAGCCUGUGCUAUAACAGAAGUCAGGACUCGGCAACUAAGUUCUUCAGCUGACCUCCACAAACAGUGCGGCCUGUACAUCAAAGAGUGGGCUCUUCACCUGCUGCCAGCUGCCUCCUCCUCAGCUGCUUCCAGUCAAAGUGUGCUAUAUGAUGCAGGACCUUCACAUCAGGACUGCAGGCCCCAUUGUUCCCUGUUGCAUAUGACCCUCUUCCAUUAAGCGCUUUGCAGUUGGUCCAUGCUGUAAAAAGAUUGAUUUAGUAAAUUCAACUAACAAAUAAAUUAGCAGAAAGAGUGAUCUGCCCACAAUUGUUCCACUAGUUGGAAAAAAAAAAAAGAGGCCUAAUUAAUUGAGUAAAUAAUUAAUAA